CACUCUCAGGUUCCCUUUCACAGGCAGAUGGAGGCGGACAGCACCGGGGGCAACAUGGGAGAAAAAGCAGACGUGGAAAUGGCAGAAAACCCGUUUGAGCCUUACAUUGAAUCCCUUCGUCAGCAACUGGAGGACCAAGACCCAGCCUUUCUGAUCGGAGCUGUCGUCGCUUUGGCGGUUGUUAUCAUCACCUGUGUCUUUCUGAAGUACUUUCUCAGCAGUAAAACUGUCCGGAGCGCUGUGCUGCUGGUGGGACUGUGUGACUCCGGGAAAACGCUUCUCUUCAGCCGGCUGCUGUCAGGAAAGUUCAAGCGGACGCAGACCUCCAUCACUGACAGCAGUGCUCCGUACAAAGCCAGAAAUGACAGGGGCACAACCUGGACUCUGAUAGACCUGCCAGGACAUGACAGUCUUCGUGCUCAGUAUCUGGAGAAAUUCAAGUCUGCAGCCAGAGCAAUCGUGUUUGUCGUGGACAGCGCUAUCUUCCAGAAGGAAGUGAGAGAUGUGGCAGAGUUCCUGUACAUCUUACUGACAGAUACUGUGAUCUGCAGAAAUGCUCCAGCUCUCCUGGUGGCAUGCAACAAACAAGAUAUCGCCAUGGCAAAAUCAGCUAAACUGAUUCAACAGCAGCUGGAAAAGGAACUGAACACCUUGCGAGUGACUCGCUCAGCGGCCCUCAGCUCUCAGGAUGGCUCUGUGGGCGGCAGUCUGUAUCUGGGGAAGAAAGGCAAGGACUUUGAGUUCAGCCAGCUGCCUGUGAAGGUGGAGUUCCUGGAGUGCAGCGCCCGCGGUAGCAAGGGUGAAGAGGGGAGCGCAGACAUCGAGAGCCUGGAGAAGAGCCUGGCUAAACUGUAAAAUGAGCGAUCAACAUCAUCAAACGACCUUGGAUCAGAUCAGCUCAACGUCCACUGUCACCUCAGUAAUCAAUGGAGGGUUGGCAAAUGCAUUUCAGUGGAGGAUCUGUUUGACAGGAGUAUCUGUUCUGACUGUCAGUGUAAAACAUAAAAUGACAUUAAAAGUUGGAGAAUGUUUGAGACAUAUUCAGUGAGGAAAAACACCAGAGACUGUGAAAGCUCUUAGCUGUUUGUCAGGUUGCUCUGCAGUGCUGAGAAAUGAUCACGUGCUUCUUCAGUGGGAUUCUGACUGUGAACAUCCUCUUUGAAGUGCUUCAUUUGGAUAAGAAAAUAUGUUGCUUAAAAUUUGGGAAACUUUUGUUGUUUAUAAUUGCAAUUUAAAGAAAAAGUAUCAUAGGUUAUUUCACUGUGUUCAUUUUAAAUGUGUCUCAGCUACUCUGACCUGCAGGCUGUCCUAUGAACAGAUAAGCAUGAAUUGCAUUUAUUCGUUAACUUGGGCAGUCAGCGUUGUGCCUUUUGUUUUUCUGGUAUUCUUAUAGAAAAGUGUUUUGCUUGUUUGCAGAAAAAUGACUUGUGUGGAAGUAUUGUGUGAAUACAGUGCAUUUGCAUUGAAUGUAUGAAUUUAUUGUAGUCAUAUGAGAAUGACAUGUUUUGUUUGUAGUUGUCUGGCUUGUUUGAAAAAAAAAAAAAAAAAAAAAACUUGCAAUGUUAAGUUUUGGAUGCCUGACGAGGAUGCAACAGGAGAUUUUGUUUUCA